AUGUGCGACUAUCGGAGUUUGAAUGAUGCACAAAUCCACGCGCUAAACCAAGAUAUGAUGGAUGAGUCAGUAUCAUCAUCGUCUUCACUCGUUCACGAUGUGGAACCAGUGGAAGUGUUAGCGCAAGAGUAUAAGCAUAACCCUAUGUUUCUAGGAUGUAUCGAGUGGCUUUCAAAAAUGUCUACCUAUAAAAGUCUGCAGCGAUUGAAGGGAGAUGGUAAUUGCUUUUAUCGAGCAUUCAGCUACGCAUUUGUGAACGCCAUUAUCUGUACUGAUGACAGGAGUCGAAGGGAAGCAAUAUGUCAUCACGUCGAAUCCACGCUUGAACUGUUAAAGCGAACGGGUGUUGAUGAGGAAAUCGCUCGAGACUUUUUCGACCCGUUUCAAAAGCUUGUAAAAGAGGCGACGAAGCUUGGACCUGCUUACCUUCAAAGUCGCUCAAAGUUGCUGAUGAGGGAUUUUAAUGACCCUGAGACCAGCAACAGUAUCGUUGUUUAUAUGCGUCUUAUUGCUAGCGCCUAUCUCAAGCUUCAUCAGGAUGACUAUUUUCCGUUUGUUGUUAGUGAGAAUGCCUCUGUAUCGAGCAUGGAAGAAUUCUGUCUACAAGAAGUUGAGGCAUUUGGUAAAGAUGCGGAUCAUGUUCAAAUUAUGGCUUUAUGCUCCGUUUUACGCGCCAAUGUCAAGAUUAUUUACUUACAAGGGUCCACGCGCUCAUUCAAUUCGACAAGGAACACUGAUGCACUUAAUCUGGCCGAAGCAAUAGAACCUCAACCAUGCAACAUUACACCAUUCGAAAUUGAUGGUGCGCUUAUUGAAUUGAGCCCCCUCUUGUAUCGCCCUGGCCACUUUGACCUACUUUGGUAG